GGCGCCUGUAGUCCCAGCUGCUCGGGAGGCUGAGGCAGGAGAAUGGCAUGAACCUGGGAGGCGGAGCUUACAGUGAGCUGAGAUCGCGCCACUGCACUCCAGCCUGGGCGACAGAGCAAGACUCCGUCUCAAAAAAAAAAAAAAAGAAAUUCAAGAAAUUUCUUCAGCAUUAAGAAGUCACAUGAGUAAAGCACCAAGUAAUAUAUUCCACCCCCAAGAUUUCUCUGAUGUUAUUAGUUUUAUUUUGUAUGGGAACUCUCAUAGAACAGGGAAGGACAGUUGGUUGGAAAGACUGUUCUAUAGCUGCCAGAGACUGGAUAAGCAUGACCAGUCAACAAUUCCACGCAAUCUCCUGAAGACAGAUGCUAUCCUUUGGCAGUGGGCCAUAUGGGAAGCUGCACAAUUCACUGUUCUUUCUAAGCUGAGAACUCCACUGGGCAGAGCUCAAGACACCUUCCAGACAAUUGAAGGUAUCAUUCGAAGUCUCGCAGCUCACACAUUAAACCCUGAUCAGGAUGUUAGUCAGUGGACAACUGCAGACAAUGAUGAAGGCCAUGGUAACAACCAGCUUAGACUUGUUCUUCUUCUGCAGUAUCUGGAAAAUCUGGAGAAAUUAAUGUAUAAUGCAUAUGAGGGAUGUGCUAAUGCAUUAACUUCACCUCCCAAGGUCAUUAGAACUUUUUUCUAUACCAGUCGCCAAACUUGUCAGGACUGGCUAACGCGGAUUCGACUCUCCAUCAUGAGGGUAGGAUUGUUGGCAGGCCAGCCUGCAGUGACAGUGAGACAUGGCUUUGACUUGCUUACAGAGAUGAAAACAACCAGCCUAUCUCAGGGGAAUGAAUUGGAAGUAACCAUUAUGAUGGUGGUAGAAGCACUAUGUGAACUUCAUUGUCCUGAAGCUAUACAGGGAAUUGCUGUCUGGUCAUCAUCUAUUGUUGGAAAAAAUCUUCUGUGGAUUAACUCAGUGGCUCAGCAGGCUGAAGGGAGGUUUCAGGCACAGAACUGUAUAUCCAAUAAUAGUGAAAUGGAUCCCACUAAUUAUGACCGAAAUGAUGAUACAUUUAAAUGACUUGGAUGUUUUAUAG